CCGUGGGUUGGUCCGGUGGUUGGGGUGAUGCCUUGGAGAAGAAUCUCGGACUAACUGGUUUUGCUGGGGUGUGUUAGAGGGAGUGUCCUUCUGUUUGCAUAGCUCCUUUCUCGGCUGGUUGUGGCUCAGUGUUUGUCUGCUCUACGCUCACUGAAGUCUUCGCAGCAAAAUGAAUACUUUUCUCAAGAAACUAAUUACCACUGGAAUCGACGUAAUACAAAACAUCGAUCCUGCUCAGUUUAUACCUACUCCUCCACCGCCCCCUCGCAGACCUCUGGCUUUAAAUGAGAAGAAUGAAAGUGAAGAGGAGAAACAGUUUCGGAGGGUUUUCCAACAACUUGCUGGAGAUGACAUGGAGAUCAGUCCCACUGAGUUGAAGGAUAUCCUCAACAAGGUCAUUUGCAAACGUACCGAUUUGAAGACUGAUGGUUUCAGCAUCGAGUCCUGUAAGAGCAUGGUGGCUGUCAUGGAUAGUGAUAGCACAGGCAGACUGGGUUUCCAUGAGUUUAAAUAUCUCUGGAACAACAUCAAGAGAUGGCAGGAAGUCUAUAAACACAAUGAUGCUGAUAGGUCUGGUGUGAUCUCCUCUGAAGAGCUGCCAGGUGUCUUUAAGGAAGCAGGUUUCCCUCUGAAUGACCAACUCUGCAAGAUGAUUCUCCGUCGCUAUUGUGAUGAGCGUGGUGACAUGAACUUUGACAAUUUCAUUGGCUGCGUGGUGCGACUGGACGCCAUGUGCAGAGCCUUUAAGACUUUGGAUACAGACAACAAUGGCACCAUUCAGCUGGACAUCAAGGAGUGGCUUCAGCUGACAAUGUAUUCGUAAAUCAGUGAUGGAAGCAAAUCUUCAUUUUUCAUCUCAUUCCAUGAUUCCAAAUUAGUGUGUGUUUGCUGAUGUGCAUGGACCAUAAUGCCUACUAGAGCUAAAGACGAGGAGGAAAUCCAAGUGUGGACCAAAAUUUACGUUACUGUUGCUCGUGCUGCCAAUAGGAACACAAUAGCUCCAUGUUAUAAAAGUUGUAGUCUUAUUUUUAUUGUAAGAUAAAAUUUUUAAAUUCUUCUAAUAAAAUUGGCAGUGACUAUGAAAGAAAUUGAGUCUAAAUUAAUAAAGUGGCUGUAUUUUACAA